GCUGCACGCGCAAUAUGCAUGCAGUUACAGUGUACACGAAGCAUGCGCGUUCAGUUCACGGACCUCGGAUUUCGGAACUCAUAUUUCUAGUAAAUAAAUGGCUUGUUGAUUCGAAAUGGCCGUUUUUCAAGCACUUUCAAGAACUCGUACUUUAUUUUCGGUAAAACCUGUAACUUCCACUUCAUGCAAUGCGGCUAAAAAUUUGAUUAGACUUAGAGAAUACCACUGGAGGGGGCGGUGGAGAUCUUCCAGUUUCAGUGAAAAUGUCACCGACAGUGUUCUCGGCAGCAUCAACUUGGGACGAAAACUCCUCAUUGCCAUGCGGCUAACAUCAGGGCAAACGUUCUCUGAGCAUGUCUCCACGAUCUUCAGUCUGCUUACCCGACAGUGCAAUGUGUAUGCCGCUCAAAGAUUGAGAAGGCUUGAACAAAUGAUGUGCUUGUACAGAUCAAUUUACUCCGAGCGAUCGCUUCAAUCCCUUGCCGUCGGCUUUGCCAGGAGAUAUCUGAAGGGAAAGAGGCGAAAUUAUGUUAUAUUUGGUGGUGCACUUUUUGCAUGGGAUCAGGAGAAAAUCACCAAUCGCCAAAUUAAUGGCUGCCUUGAUGAUGUAGAUCUGAUCAGAAUCUUGCGAUCAGACCCAAACCCAGACCUGCCACAAUUAAGCUCUUGGGAGAAGGUCAUGGCCAAGUCAGAGAUGAUGGUGUGGAGGAGGAAAAUGGAUCACGAUUACUUGUAUGAAUACAAAGUGUUUGGAACAUUCACCGACUGCACAGCCAAGUCAUUUUUUAAGGUGCAAACAGAUUUGGACUACAGAAAUGUGUGGGAUAAGCAUGUCAUUGAAACCGGAGUCAUUGAUCAAGAUAAAGAGACAGGAACUGAAAUCGUGUAUUGGGCUACGCAGUUUCCAUUUCCAAUGAACAGUCGGGACUACUUGUAUGCUCGUCGCACCCAGAUCUUCCAUCGCCACCGUGUGAUGGUUAUAUACUCCAAAGCUACUAAUCACCCCAGGAAACCAGAGACAAAGCGUUAUGUACGAGUCACAAGAUUCUCCUCAAAGAUGGUUAUCAAACCCUUCACUAGCUUUGAUGAGAAUGGAUUUGACUACAUGCUUACAUAUCAUGAUGACCCCAAGGCGCCUAUCCCAUCUUCUGCAGUCAACUGGAUGGCCACUACUGGUGUACCAGACUUCAUGCAUAGGGUUCACAAUGCUGCUCUUGCUUUAGAUGCCAUGCCAGGCUCCAACUUCAAGGAUAUGCAGAGUGAGAAACAGUACACCACCAAUGACUCCAGCUGCUACAGUUGAAGGAGAUACAAGAAUGAUGAGAAGAGAGAAAAUUUUAGGUUGGCCUCAAAGAUAUGAACCGCAUUACCAGUAGUACAGUCAAACCUGUCAAUACAUAUGUACAUAAGAUACCAUGAAAAGGGGCUUUUAUUUUGCUUAAUAUUAUACAUUGCAUUAAGAAGAAGGAGAAAUGAAGCAUCAUUAACUAAAGGUUUUGAGAUAGGUGUGUACAAUGGUGCAACACAAGUCUACCUAAUGUCAGAGCUUGACACUAAAUCAAAUAUUUUAUUAAUUCAAGUAUUACAAGUUAUUCUUAGUAUGAGAGCAAUGUGUGACAUAAAGGCCUGGGCAAGUAUUCAAUUCAAUACUUAAGUUUGAAUUAUGAGUAUUUUACUUAGUUUUCGGCUUAGACAAAAUACUUAGCCAAAUUUGGUAUACAGUUCAAACUUUUGGCUAAGUAUUUCACUCUAUAUUUAAGACAGCUUUCUACCAGACUUGAGCCAAUUAUUAGGAGGCCUUGAUUUGCAGGCAUAUGGUUUUCUUACGCAGUAUCAUAACCUGCGCACAAUUACAUUAGCGCUCAUUUUUUAUGACGCGUUAAUUGCGCAUUACUAGAUUAUAUGUAAUGUCACACUGUUUAGCAGUAAGAGUUUUGCUGUAAAGUCGGCUUGCGAAAGUAAAUUGCUUAGAUUUGAUCUUGAAUACGACUUAAGACGAUUUACUUCGCUUAGCAAAAGACUAACUAAAGUUUAAUUAACAAAGGAUGGAAUUGGAUACUGACCCAGGUCAAAAAAAAGUUGUGGUACAAAACUACACAAGUCUUCAAUCUACAUGUAUUUGUAUUUGAUUACUUGAUUCACAUUUAGAUGCAAGUCUUUAGACAAGGGUACCUUUGCCGACUGCUAAUGUGAAACCCCAAACAUAACUUUUUUUUCUUCAAAUUAAAGCUAUGUAAGUGUGCUGAAUUAAAGCCUAGGCUUUCAUUGACACUUUGCUGAAUAUAGAGUAGCUCAAAUUUAGCACAAAAGUGCGUCCUGUUUUUUGUAUGUUUUGAUUUUUCACUUUUUAACGAUCAGUGGUUACAUGUAUAACAGAAAGGAAAAAAAUCAGCCACUCUUGAUGAAAAAUAUUUAGAGAGGGAAAAAAAGGGCUUACUUGUAGGUCUGGCUGAGUAGAAACUACACCCUUUUGCAUUGGUCAUUUAGAAUAAUUCAUUCCGUUGAUAUUCAUCUUUCUUUAUUCCUCUGUUGGUAUGUAAACAGAAUUCAUGAUGUCAUGCAGUAUUGCAGCUCAUGCCUGAGAUUCUAUCAAAUACAUAAUAGAGCAUAAUUAAAAUCCACCAUGUGUUCAAGGAG